AAUCCUCGAAGAUUACCGCUAAGUCAGCUUCGGUAAGUGGAAUUUUUACGAUUAUAACAUAUGAACUAUACAAUAUGAACUUGAUCUCUGUAUAGGUUUAACACAUUAACAGGUAGAGCAACGAACGGGAUAGAAUUCUGAACGUCGAGAGUUUAAGUCUCACUAUUACUUAUACAUUAUAAGAACUCACAAGGCACAGUUCAACCUUUUGAAUGCUGGUGGGGCAUUACAACUCUUUUAAGGUCACAUGGAGACCUUUAGAAAUCAAGCAUAUUGUUAAAAUUUCAAUGCCUUUUCAAUUGCAUAUAUGCUGAACCAUAGUGCGUGAAAUAUUGAUGGGAUGCAUAUAUUAGAAAAAGGAGACCUUUAGAAAUUGAAAUAACGUUUAAACAAAAGAUUGUCUGCUCCUGGGAACAAUCUGCCAUGCAUACUGUACGUAAAUAACAUUUGCUGACUGUACGUAAAUAACAUUGUUGUGGGCUUAGCUUGAUUUCUAAAGGUCUCCUUUUUCUAACAUAUGCACCAUCAAUAUUUCACGCACUACGGUUCAGCAUAUGUGCAAUUGAAAAGGCAUUCAAAUUUUAACAAUAUGCUUGAUUUCUAAAGGUCUCCUUUUUUUUGAUACACCCUAUAGAGUGUCAACAAAACUUUAUAAAACUCUGCAAUCAUUAAGACUGAUUUGCAUAUAACUCACAAAAAGACUAUUGAUAUUAGACUAUUUCACAUCUACCGUUUGUCGUGCCAGCGACAACUAACGACCAAAUGGAAAUUAGGCUUAACCGACUGUAGAAGCUACUGUUUUAACCAAAAUUCACCACCUUUUAACCUGUAGUCGCAAUGAGACAUCUUUUGAAAAAUAGCACCUCUUGCGCCACGAGAUUUAACGACAGACCGUUUAACUCAAGAGAUCCCAAAAUAUCAUAUUUCUCAUCUCAAAUGUCCAAAAUGAAAAGUAUGUUCCCAUUUUUUGACAGCUAUUGUAUUUGCUUUGAUAUAAAGCAGACAUAAAUGGCCAAAAAAGAGCAUGGAACAUGGAACAUGGAACUUGACUUAUCUUGCGCGGGUAUAUUAAGCGGUUGAAGAGAUGCUUCCAAUAAUGGGGUGUUUGUAUUCCGAGUAAUGAGUAAUGAGUAAUGAGUAAUGAGUAAUGAAUUUUCGUUCUUGCUUUGGAAAGAUAAACCAUGAAAACAUUGACAGUGAUUCCACUCACUUCUUGCCGUGAAUAAUUAUAAUGCUGGGAUAGUGUCAGCAGUUUAAACUGGUACAAAUAUGGCCUGCAUAAUUUCGCUUAUAGCAUGUCUCAUAUUAACCAGUUUAGACUGUUUAGCUUUCAAAACGUUUUUUCUCUAAGUUGAAUAACAUGUUCGCAAUAGUAGAAUACAAAUAAGCACUAAUAUAGCGGUCGACAAAAAUCCAGAGUGAGCACAAAUUUCGUGCUUUUUCUUCGAUUUAAAGAGUAAUAUCUUGGUUUUAUAAACUGAAAACUUAGUUUUCGACAACGUUUGGACGUCAAUUGCGGAUUUUAUACUGGCUGCAAGACCGCAGAAUCGCAAAUAGCAAAACAAAUAUGUCGGCCGAAAAUUUAUCAUAAAACAACCUUUAUACCACAGCACUUGUAUUCUACAGUAUACUAUUGCGAACAUGUAAUUUUUCAACUUGGAGACGAUCUUUUUUGUGACAUGCUAAAAACGAGUAUGCCAUAAGCGAAAUUAUGGCCAUAUUUGAUCAUACCAUGACAUCGUCACAGCAUUAUAAUUAUUCACGGCAAGGAGUGUGUAGAAUCACUGUCAAUAUUUUCAUGGUUUAUUUUUCCAAAGCAAGUACGAAAAUUCAUUACUCAUUACUCAUUACUCAUUACUCAUUACUCAUUACUCAUUACUCGGAAUACAAACACCCAAAAUAAUGCACUAAAUCGAACACACUUUUGUUCCUUUAUUAUUGACAUUGUGGUCAAGUUUGGGACGAAUCGGAUAAAACGCUCGGCAUGUAGUUAAACUAUUUUUUGUCGAGGAGAUGAGAUUGGGUAAUUUUGCUUUCUCUUCAAACGACAAUUCAAGACUUGGCGAGGUUUCCACUCUUUCUGUCAUUUUCUCCGCCCCCAAUGUUAACCGACUUGUGUCCUCGUGCGGUUUACCAAUCACAUUUAUCUUUAUAGAAUUAUAGUCUAUAGACUACAAAACGCAAACGCAAAUGCAAACGCAAACGCAGGCUACAAAUGUGGUAGCAAUUUCCGCACGCAAUACAAAAGUAUACAAAAUUUGCAAAAUUUGUAAGGCUAUGUUUUCCGCAUUUUACAACAUUUCGCAACCAAACGUUGCAAUUUUACUCCUUUUAGUAUGCUCUUUCCCGGAAUAUACUUUUUUGCCAAGAUAAAAAAUUAGUCUACCAAAAUUAGUCUACAAAAAAUUAGUCUACUAAUUGCUUUGAUUAUACUGUAUCUUGUAGGGUGAAGAUGAACCAAGGUGGCGUAAAACAUGUGUCCAGUAAUAAAAGAUUAUUUCUAAUAUUUGUCUGUCUAUUGAUAGCUCUUUGUUCGUUUCUUUUCAUUCUGAAACUUGAAGGUAAUUCUCUCAAAUAAUGAUACACAGGGUGUAUAAAACGAUAUCCAAAAUUUGUCAUGCUACCAGGGGCGUAGGAACCGGGGGGCAGGGGGGCCAUGCCCCCCCCAAGUUUUGGCAAGUGCCCUUUUUACAGGAGCAAAGUGCCCUUUUUGUGCCUGAAAAAUUUUCAUAAAAUUCGCAGUUUUUGUCCAAACGAAACUUUUGAAAACUGUAAUGUAGGUUUUUUCCCGAAAAAUGUUUUAGUUUCCGAUAAAAAUAUCAUAUAUUUGUUUUUCCGGAAAAAUUUUUAGUAUUUAAGGAAAAUAUGGUAUGUCCGGAAAAAUUUUUUACCCCUAAAAUGGUACACUGACCGAAAUUUUUUUGGCGACGGGGGGGGGGGGGAGGUCGCCAAAAAAAUUUUUGAGAUGCCCUUUUUUUUUUGAAAGUGCCCCUCAAAGCCUGGCCCCCCCCCCAACUUUUCUAAGCUUCCUACGCCCCUGCAUGCUACUGUGUGUUAGGUAUAUUCAUUUCAUAGAUUUACCUUUGGCAUACUUGUAAAGAACAAUACUGUAUAGCUGUCAAAUGUAGCGUUGUGGUAAGAAAUGGUCAAAUACGACCUGAUUCAAAUCAAGCCACGCCAUAUCCAACUUGUUGGCAAGUUGCCGAAUUUCAGGACGAUAACAGGUUGUUGGAACAACUUGUAACAAGUCUGUUGAGCUCGACAAUCUUGUAGCAAGUUGUCAACAAGCCGUUGACAAAUUUGCAACAAAAGCUGGGAACGAGCAGAGCGAACGAUUAAUUAAUGUUGAGAAUACUUGAAUGUGAUAAUAAUCGAAAACAUCACCACGCAUUGAAUUAAUUAAACCAGCGUUUGUUCAAUUCGCUUUUGUUCAAAGAACGAGCGUGAAAACCUUUCAAAACAUUCAACUACGAUUUUGAUUUUUUAUAAAACAAUCCCAAACCCAUCGCCAGUCCGGAAUGUCUAGCUUGGACAGUUAAUUUGAACGUGCAGAAAUUAAUGUAGUAACAUGUCUGAAUAUUUUAGAUAACAUUCCAUGUAUACGAUGUGUUAUGCCAAGUAUCAAUGCAGGUACAGUGCAGUAAUAUUUCGAUAUUUCAACGGACAUUAACACCAAACAGGGCCGUAGCAGCGGGGGGUGGCUGGUGGGCUACAGCCCCCCCCCCCCCAAUAAUUUGCUAAUAAUCAUUCUUUUUUCAAAAUCAUGCAAUCAUAUCAAUUUUAAGAUUUAUUAAUUUUAAGCGACUACAUUAUCCAUAACAAAUUGCAAAGAAUGAAAAGAUAUUACCCAUACUUUUCUGCAACUUAUCUAAUAUAUAGUUAAAGUGCCUAUAUCAUGGUUUUAGAGUUUGCAUAUCUCGAAAGUUUAGGGUAUUUUAAGACACUUAUUUUGCAAUAUAUUUUGUUUUGAAAAAUUUCAUCUUGAUAGAUUUAUUAGCUCUUAAAGUUACCGGACAUGACGUCAAAAGGAGAAUUGCAAAUCAGUUUUCCUUUGUAUCAUUGCAACAAAAUUCUCCUUUUGACAUGUCAUGUCCGGUAACUUUAAGAGCUAAUAAAUCCAUCAAGAUGAAAUUUUUCAAUUACAAAAUAUAUUGCAAAGUGUCUUAAAGUACCCUAACCUUUCGAGAUAUGCAAACUCCAAAACCAUGAUAUAGGCACUUUAAUUAAAUACGCCUUCGCCCAUUUAAUUGACUACCAAAUUGUAAAUUUCGACAUACUAAAACGCUGUUUUCUGACCAUCACAAUCCUGUCAAAUCUUCCCCAAAGUCCAGUAAAUGGCAUUUCAGAGACUCUAAAUUUAAAAAUUUCCUCAAAUCAAGACGAGCUUCCUGCGGCCCUGCCAAAUUAACACAGAAACCACCAGGCGGAAUUUUCCGCGCGGAACGGAAUUUCUCUUUGUCUUUUCUAAUUAUUUCCACCAGAGAAAUCACAAGACAAAGGAAAAUUCCGCUGAGCGCGGAAAAUUCUGCCUUGUGGAAAACGGCCUUAGUGCAGGUGCCCAUGCAAUCUCGUUCCCCGAGCAUGCCCGUUCGCAGGUUAAGGGUGGGCAUAGCUCUGGAGAAAUCGAAUUGAUUCAGGCCUGUGAUUGGCUAACGGCAGAUAGUACGUUGGAUUUCCAACGUGAGUUCUAUAUAAACAAAGUAUUUGGAAUUUCUCGUCGAAAAUUUGAUACUUUUUACACCGAAAUCGAUUGAAAACAACUAGAAAUUCUGGAGGAAAUAUGUACGAAAGCUGCGGAUUGAUAGGAAUACAACUACCUGAAAGGUCGCCAAAAUAAUUUUUCCGGAAAAAUUUUUUUGGUCCUAGUCGGGCAGAAUCCCGAAAAGUCGGCCAGAAUCUCGAAAAGUCGGGCAAUUUUCUUGCCGCCCCCCUAAUUGUUUCCUUCCGGUAUGCCCAUGCUUCGACUUGUGCUGUUAGCGUUUGUAUACAUCGUACUUGACCUUUUAUAUAGGCCUACUGUCAUACCUAACACUAUGUAUACCAUAAAUUCUGACAGAAGAGUUAAAUGUAAAUUUUAAAGCAUAAAAAUAUAUAAUACUUAUUAUUGAGGAGAUUAUAUUCAUCAGCAAAGGUCAAGUACGAUGUAUACAAACACUUUAAUAAACAGCACAGGUCGAAGCGCCUUCGCUCGAAACGUCGAAGUUCUCCUUGUAUUUUUCAAGUAGCUGUAUUUCUAUCCAACCGAAGCUUUCGAACAUAUUCCCCCCAGAAUUUUUAAUUGUUUUCAAUUCAAUUUCAGUGUAAAAUGUAUCAAAUUUUCGACGAGAAAUUCUAAAUACUUUAUUUAUAUUUUGCAACAUUGCCGAGCAUGCGUAGAACUCACGUUGGAAAUUCAACGUGAAUCAAUUCGAUUUCUCCAGAGCUAUGCCCACCCUUAACCUGCGAACGGGCAUGCUCGGGGAACGAGAUUGGUGCCCAUGUACAAAUGCAGUUUCACACUUUUGUAGGUAAUACACAUCCAUCGCCAGUUGCAUCAGAUAUUGUCACGUACCAUAAUCCCAAAGACACUAGAUCUGGUGAAUGUCUGAAGAACUACUUUGAAGAUAUCUUAUUAAUUAUCGUUUAUCAUUUUCCAUUCUACGAAUCCAUUCCAUUACUUAAGUCUUUUUAUCAAGAUGCAUUUAAAAACAUUGUGAUUUGUGGUUCAAAGAACUAUUCCCAUCAUCAUAUAAUGGUGGUUGAUGUUGGCGGUGGAUAUUUCGGUUAUGAAUGUGUUGGCGAGGCUAUACGCAGGUAUACAGUUACUUCAAAAACUCAUUAGGGGCAGACCAUUAGAAAUCCCGGGAGGGGGGGUAUAAAAUUUUUGCGGCACGAAUUUUUUUUUCAGUCUCAUGUGUCUGCAGGAAUUUUUUUUAAUGCACUUAACCUCUGCACGAAUUUUUUUUUCAAGACUACUUGUACUUUGCUCAUGGCGACCUCCCCCCCCCGUCGCCAAAAAAAAUUUCGGUCAGUGUACCAUUUUAGGGGUCAAAAAUUUUUUCCGGACAUACCACAUACCAAAAGUUACCACAAAAUUGACAGAAUUUGUCAAUUUUUUUUUUUAAUAAACUAAAAUUGCCCGACUGUUCAGCGAAUAUUGCCCGACUGCCAACUGCCCAGUACACCCAUGACUUUGCUGUUUGCUUGCACGAAUUUUUUUUCUCUGACGUAAUGGCUGCACGAAUUUUUUUUCCAGGCAUUUUUCUUUGCACGAAUUUUUUUGGGGGAAUUUUCACCCCCCUCCCGGGAUUUCUAAUGGUCCGCCCCUUAAGAGGCAAUUUUUUUCAAUGUCACGUAUUUGCAAUGAAAAGUGUUCAAAACCUAAAAUCUUUUUGGCGUUCCUCUCAAAAUUAAUUUGUUUUAGCUUUAUAGAGUUAGUUACCUUUUUAAAUGCGUUUUCCGGUUGAAAAACAUAAAAUAAUAGUCAAAAAUUGUCAAUUAAAAUACAAUUAUCAAUGAUGCUUUAAAAUUGACGCCAUAUUUACAGCCAUACAAGCAAAACUUACUGAACUUCAAACAUCAUUUUCUCUUUGGCAUAUCAUCUAAAAUCUCUUCAUUUUAGCAUCAUUUUACAGAUAAAGCACUAAACAUACUUUUUAAGUUUGUUUGCCGACCGAGAAACGUAUCGAAAAAUAAAAAUGUCGAAUUUAGUCAUAACCUCAAGUGGUAUAUUAUACGCAUUAGUUUUGAGCGCGUGUUACGUAACAUACAAAAAAAUCUCCUCUUAAUAAUUUGUAUAGGUAAUCAUGCGAUGGCGAGUACAAUUAGGGAUUAAUAGUACGAGUAAUGUUUGGAAAUUUUGCCAAAAGUGGACGAGCCGCCGUUACUACUUGUUUAUUAUUAGCUUGACAAAAUUGGAUACUUCUCAAUGUCAACAUCAUAUUCACUCCCCAAUGCCCAGUCCUGCCAGACUUUCAACCAAAAUUUGGUGCUUUUGUUCGUAUUUUUAUUUAAUUCUUUUGUUAAUUAAAGAAAAAUUUGGUGCAUUUGUUCGUAUUUUCAUCUGGUUCCUCAAGGGCAAUUUCAUUUCACAUUUAUGUUCAAAAUACCUUUCCGCCAUUUUGUUUGUUUUUGGAAAAUCAUUUGAAAACUCCUCUCAACCAAUCAGCAUCCAGCAAUUUUGUCAUGCUAAUAAUAAAUGAGGAAAACACGAAGAAAAAUCAUAAGCGUGUCGUAUCUUUAUAUGUGAUUAAAGGAAUACCGAAUGGUUUUCCUUGCAGGAUUGCGUGAUCCAUGCACGAGGGAUGUCGCGAGACUUUCGGAAAGCGUAAAAACACUCGAGCCGCAGGCGAGUGUAUUUUUACGCUUUCCGAAAGUCGAGCAACAUCUCAAGGGCAUGGAUCACGCUAUCCUGCUUGGAAAACCAUUUGGUAAUUGUUUUAUAAAAUAACUACAAUGAAACAUUGACAUUUUGAGAAUCCCUCGAAAAUCCUGCGAAGGCAUUUUAUUUCCUCGUGCAGGACAGCCUGAUCCUGCACGGCUGUUGACCAAUCAAAUUGCGUGUUUCACUGUAGUUAUUAUAUAAAGAGAUUUCGCUUGAUUUACGUAAAUUUUAACUUUGAUUUUCUCGAUUUACACAACGUAUUUUUUGAGAAUUACUUCACCAAUGAACUUAUUAGAUCGAUUGUUUUUGAAGCAAUUUAAAACAUCCGCAGUGCGUAUUUUGUCAGACCUAAAGAUACUCGGCUUCGCCUCGUAUCUUUAUAUCUGAUGUUUUAAAUAGUACUUAAAAAGUCAUUUAAUAACAUUAUGGGUAAUUCCAUGCAUGGGGACUGGUGUAAUAACUAAUAUAUUUUUUCUGUCACAUUUUUGCAUGAGGAUCAAAUAAUGGUAAGCUAAUGAUCCACCCUGUGCCUUUCAUUAGGAGAAACACAGUUAGGAACGUACUAUAUCAAUUGUCGUAAAGAUAAAUAGUCUAAAUAGUCUAGGCUAAGUAAGUAACACGAGCGAAAUACUUGAUGUAAUCAUGGAUAAUAAAAUAAAUGGAUUGGAAAGUUCUGACGUCAUUGACUGCAUCCUUGUUGAAAAACGUGACGUCACGCGUAUUGCGAAUGUUACCAAAGUUCUCGGCAUAUUUGUUGUUUUGCUAUAUUUUUCCACUUUAAAAGGGUGAUCUUGAAGCGUAAACUGGUCUUAUUGUUUUAAAAACAUGCCUAAGCCACGACAAAGUAUUCAAGGUAAAUGUUUUUCGUCUUUUUUUGUAUUUUUUUACAUUUGUAGCUACGAAAUUGGCGUCACAAAUUUUAACGAAAUUUGCGAUGUAUUUUUCACUGCGGUUUAGUGCUUGAAAUAUUUGCUAAAAUUGACUGGGAAUACUUAGAGCUUUCAUCGUAGAAUGGCGUGGUUACAUUUAUUUGCUCUUUCACUAAAAUGUUUUAGCUGUAUUAUUGCUAAACAUGCCGCUUUUGAGAAUUUGAUUUUCAACUAGGUUGAGGCAUCCAACCACGCCAUCAAUCCAAGUAAAACAUUAGGUCACGUCAGCUAGUUUCCUAUCCAUUUAUUUUGUUAUCUAUAAUGUAAUCGGUCACUGCAAAGCCCCAAUGGGGAGUGUGAUGAAUGAUAAUGCAAUCCAAUGCAAUGCAAUGUAAUGUAAUGCAUGGAUAUACAGUGUGUAUCAAAAUAAUUCGAAUCCAAAUUUGGCGUGUAAUAACGCAGAAUUUAUUUGACAAAUUCGGUUGGUUUUUACACCAUUGUUAAGUUCAUUUAUUUACCUUUCAAAUGACAUGCUGUACGCGUCAUUUAGUUGGAAAAUAAAGGAGUAUUGCUUUGACAAAAAAAAUGAAAAUCAUAAUUUUCCGCCGAUGGGAAUUGGACAUUUUUUCUUUCAAAGUUAGUCCCACAAGGCUUUGAAAUGCUAAUCAUCACUGAAAACUAAAAUGCAAAUUUAACGCGAAUUUCUUCUCGUUCAACAUGUUGAAGGCAUAGGAGCUUAAAUCUCUUUAAAUGAACACGAAUUUAUGUAAAUUUUGCUACAUAACAGUUUGUUGAUUUAUUAAAUUUGCAUUAUCUUUUGUUUGUACGUCUCACUUCGAAUUCCGAUCGGCGGAAAAAUUUGAUUUCGAGCAACCAGUUUUAACACACGAUUUCUUGGUCAUUUUUGAUCUUAUUAAUAAAAGAACGAUAUAAUCGGAAACCUAAUAGGCUAUUCUUUAUUGCCAUAUAAAAAUUAUAUGGUUUACUUUAGUAUUUUAUAAACAGCAGUCUAUCAAAUUUGGAUUCGAAUUAUUUUGAUACACACUGUAGAGGGUUAAGUACUGAGAUUUUGAAUAUAGAAAUUGAGCCCAAACUUUGUUUCCCAGGCUUGGUGAACUUAUCUUCGGAAAUAACCGGAAGAAAGAAGAUGAAUUAAAAACAUUACGUAGGCGUCAUGAUGACAUCCCCCUCUUUCCGAUAUCAGAGUCAAGACUGGAGCCGAGUUUAAGCAUGUUGUCGAAAGAUCCACUCAAAUCUUCGUCAAGACGUCGGGACCGAAAUAAUCCGAAGACAAGCACCUUCGUGAAUAGUGUACUGGAUGAAAGUACCAUCGAGAGUUUGAUCGAUAAAAUGAAGUCAGGAAUGGAGGUACACACGUAAAAACGCACAAGUUGUUGCAAGUCUGCAAACACGUUGUUACAAAUCUGUUCACAAGCUGUCGACAAGUUGUGUUCGCACUGCUUGUUCCUAGUUGUUGUAACAAGUUUGGUACAGGCUAUUAAGAACUUGUAACAAGCUUGAUGACAUUAUCAGACUUGUCACAAUGUUGUUCUAACAAGUCUGAUACAAUCAUGAUAUAACAAGAAUGUUACAACGUUGACCACACAAGGUUGUAACAAUAUUGUUAAUAUCAUAUACAAAUUGCCGUAGCGAUAGUUGAUCGGAUUUCAGUUGGAACAACCUUGCAACAAAUCUGAUAAUAUCAACAACCUUGUUACAAGUUGUUUGAAUAGCUUGUUGGAACAACCUUCCAACAAAUCUGAUAAUAUCAACAAGCUUGUUACAAGUUGUUUGAACAGCUUGUUGGAACAACCUUGCAACAAAUCUGAUAAUAUCAACAAACUUGUUACAAGUUGUUUGAACAGUUUGUUGGAACAACCUUGCAACAAAUCUGAUAAUAUCAACAAGCUUGUUACAAGUUGUUUGAACAGCUUGUUGGAACAACUUUGCAACAAAUCUGAUAAUAUCAACAAACUUGUUACAAGUUGUUUGAACAGUUUGUUGGAACAACCUUGCAACAAAUCUGAUAAUAUCAACAAGCUUGUUACAAGUUGUUUGAACAGCUUGUUGGAACAAACUUGCAACAAAUCUGAUAAUAUCAACAAGCUUGUUACAAAUUGUUUGAACAGCUUGUUGGAACCUUGCAACAAAUCUGAUAAGCUGGUUACAAGUUGUUUGAACAGCUUGUUACAAACUUGUUGACAACUUGCGACAAGCAGUGCGAACACAACACUUGUUGGCAGACUUGCUACAAAGUACAAGAUGUGCAGAGAUAUUUGCGUGUGUAGGAGAUCCAGGCAAAUGGUCAAAAUCUACUACACACACUUAGAUUAAACUUCGCACUACACGUUCAAGACUUACUUUUAAAAACAAUUGUAUUAAUGGUAUAGUACUGCGUUAAUAUGUAAGCGGUAUAAGCCACCGUUAGGUGUGCUAUUUUCUCACGUCAGUUGUUCAGAAAACGUUGAACUAUGCUUCAUGCACAAUUCUGUGAAAAUAUGUGGAAUAGAGCCAUUGCACUGACGUCACAAAUCCUUAGAUUGUCCUCCAGAUGCUCCCUAACAAUAUCUGUUCGGGUACAAAAACCACAUACAGCGAAAAAUUAACCAUUCUAAUACAAAAUUAUCAUAAAGUCUUACAAAAUUUGCUUUGUUUACAAAAGUUAUAUUAUGCAUAGAUUGCUAAUUUGUCCUCCAGAUGCAUCGUCACCGGCGCUGUGACGUCAUGUGCAAUGGGUCUAUUACUGCCAUUUUCUUUCAAUAUUACUGAGUUUCAAACAGUUUUUCCAGUUGUUCGGUUUCUUGCCUAAAACAACAUCAGUCCAAUCAAAAAACAUUGGUUUUUCCGGUGUAUCUAUUAACCGCCUCAUCCAACGAAUCCAAAGACUGAAACAGGUUCGCAGCGGUCUUUGAAAUCCUUGAAAAUCUUUAAAUUUGAAUGCAUGCAGGUCUUUAAGGUCUUUGAAAAGUCUUUGAAUCGUGUGAAAAAUCGCAGAAAGUCUUUAAUUAGAAAUCUUUAACUUCUUAAGUGAGGAAUUGAUCAUACGAUUUCCUAGCUAAUAAUUAAAAUAGAUUGAAGCAAGAUUUUCGCAAAUAUCGACGAAAAGGCGCAUUUUACUGUAAGAUGUGAUUUGACGGGACUAAUUGCUGGCUAAAAAUUGUGCUUACACUCCCAAUUUUUUGACAGCUGCAGAUUGCUCCCAAAGGUCUUUGAAAAGUCUUUGAAAAUAGGCAGGAAAAAAUCUUUGAAAGUCUUGGUCUUGGAGACUACGAACCCUUUGAAAAACUCACACCCUGAUUAAGGCACUAAUACUAGAAUAUUUUCAGAUAAAAGAUGCAAAGGCGUCAGAAAUAAUGGAUGUUUAUGAAGCUAAACUCACUUCACUACAGGUAUGGAAUAUUACAGCGUACAGAAUGACACUUUUAGAGUUGAUUCAACUCCUUAAAAUUUACAGUAUACACAGUUAUUCACUAUUCCUGAUAUGCACUGAUCCUUUAAGAUCUUAAAACUGAAUCAUUUUUCCUCCUUCAGACGAAAGAAAGCCAUCUCCAAGAUCUACUUGAAGCGAAGACAUUGGCUCUUGCCCAAUCAGAUCGCAUGAUUUCACAAUAUCGAUGUAGAAGGGCCCAAUCAGAAGCAGAGGUUGGUACACGGCUUUUGCCAUGCACCUACAUGCAUAAAAUAUGCAUGGUAACUUGCCGUCUGUUUUGCGAAACAAAACCGAUGUUUACGGCAUAGUGAAAAAUUCAGUUACAAGUACAACAUAUUGAAAUUUUUGGUAUAUAAUUUUGCUUGAAAAACUCGUACUGAAAAACUCUGGUUUCAAUGCAGGUGUAGAGUUAAGUUGGAAAAUAUUGUAAAAACUAACCGUAGUACAAAUACAAAGUAUGCCGAAUGGACAAUCACUUCAAUCUGGUAAUUAUUCCACUAAUACUUGGGCGAACUUAUACGGUUUCGUCGUUUCGACAAGUUGCAAACGAACCCAAUUUUGAUUUCAUCGGGACAAUGAUUACCAAACGACUUUCUUCUUUGUAGCAGCCCCAUGCAGCACCGAAAGAAAACUGUUUUGCUUGUGUAUUUUAGUGUACGAAGUUACGACAUAUGUUACAAGAAACAGAAAAACGUUGCGAAGCUCAAAACGAACAGGUAUUCUCUACAAACCAUGAAUGUGGGUUUUUAUAUUUUCCCUUGCUCUGGAGAUCAGCCCUUGCUCUGAAGAUCAGCCUUUGCUGUGGAGAUCAGCCCUUGCUCUGAAGAUCUGCCUUUGCUCUGAAGAUCUGUCCUUGUUCUGAAGAUCAGCCCUUGCUUUGGAGAUCAGUCCUCAGAACACAGAUUUGUUUAUCGUGAACUACAUGCAGUAUAUCGUUAUAUAUAUUUGAAGUCUAUUGAUUUGUUGUUUCUCAUGCAGAUUCAUGGUUUUGCUGAGUCUGAAACAGCAUCAUGCCAACAGGUAUAUAGUAUUGUAGGGCCUGUAAGCAUGCAUUACUAAAUUCUAGUAGAGUUUUACAGGUUAAAUUUAAUGACAACCACGGAUCUACCUUUAGUUAACUCUUCUGGCUGUUAUUUGCAAAAAGUGCAAAGUCGCUAUACAAAAUAAUAUGCAUAAAUGAAACUGCUGACUGUUAGAUAUAUAGCUAGACGGUUAGUUUUCAAAGCGUACUCCAACUUCAAAAAUUUGUAUCUCGCCCAAUAUUUCAUAAAAGUUCAAGUGUUUAUAUAUAUGGUAUUUGUUAUUUGUUUAGCAUCUGGUAUUUGUUAUUUAUACUGAUACAUAUGCAUUUCCAUGUUUAGAUAGAGAAACUCAAAAUUCAAAUCAAGAAUCUUCAAAUGACCGCUCGUGAACACGAACAGCUCAAAAUAGCAUCUGCUGAGCAAACAACGAGGUACUGAUGCAUGAAUGAGGCCUUUUUUAUCGUCGAUUUCAAGUCAAUUGCCAAUUACGUUUCCAAGUUCAAAAAUUGGGCGUGAAUUUCGUAACAAGGUUCGCAAGUACAUUUCAUUGUUUGAACUAUUGCAAACAAAUGUUCAUAGCUCAAGUUGAAAUUAACAAUUCAAUGGAAGGCUCUUGGUCCAUGAUGUGAUGACAGUUGCUGAACCCAUAAGUGCAUAAAAGCUUAACAAAAGUAAAUUUUAUGAAUAAAGAAACUGUUUAAGAAGUUGCUUUAAAUUCCCAAGAGCGGAAAAUCGUGAGCUUACAAAGAUAUUUUAAUUUCUUCAAUACUCACAAUAUAUGCAUCCUGUCGAUCAUAUUUUACGCAUAUUUGUUUCAUUUUGGUGCUGAGGCGUUCGGAUUCUAGCAGUGCGUUGUUUCAGUGGUUUUGGUUUUUUUGGGACAUCCUGUACAGUAUACUGUGACUUUAAUUAAAAUGUCUAUGUUAGGAAGAGGAGGGGCACCAUGCAAUGGACUUUACGUCCAGUUUGUGCCUUGUCCGUUUGAGUACAACACUUUUUAAUUGCAUGUUUAGAUGAAUAUUUGUUGAAUUAAUUUAUACUUAAUAAAGUAUUUAACAAACAAACUGGAUCAUCCUAUUUAUAUAUUAUCUAGAUUAGAGACGUUAAAAGAAGCGCUGACAGCCGCACAGAAGGAGCAUGAGUCCCAGUCUGAAUUGAAUGAAAUGCUUCGACGUCAUAAAGACAAUCUGAAGAAUCAACAUGACUGGUAAGUAAAUAUGAUAUCUCCUCUUUUGUCACCUUUUCUUCUAAUCGCUCAAUGAAUGAAUGCAUGAAUGAACAACUUUAUUUAAAGAGGGUAAAAACACAUGACAGCAAUAUAACUGAAACUUGGAAAAACUAUACUGCUUUAAAUACCGUUCUUUCAACUUAAGCUCAUAAUCUUAACCUAUUUAUUUUUUAUAUACAGUAGUUAUGUAAAUAGUGUUCUAGUCCUUGUAUGAAUUUUUUCUGUGUUGGUGUUGUGUACUCAGGUGAAUAAUAUGUUUGCGAUGUUACUCUGAGUGCAUAUCCACACCGGGCGAGCUUGAAAAAUAUGCCCGGCCACGGUGGGAUUCGAACCUACGACCUUUGGAAUACUAGCCCAAUGCUCUUCCAACUGAGCUAUGCGGUCAGGACGGUUCGAGUAAGUAAUAUUUCGGAACAGUAUCUAGUUCCUUCAAUGCCAAUGUGUUCUAGUAAUAUGAAUUUUUUCUGUGUUGGUGUUACAUGAGACAUUGGAAACUCGCCCGUUUUUCCAUAUUACUAUUCAUAUUACUAUUCAUAAAUUCAUAUUACUAGAACACAUUGGUAUUGAAGGAACUAGAUACUGUUCCGAAAUAUCACUUACUCGAACCGUCCUGACCGCGUAGCUCAGUUGGAAGAGCAUUGGGCUAGUAUUCCAAAGGUCGUAGGUUCGAAUCCCACCGUGGCCGGGCAUAUUUUUCAAGCUCGCCCGGUGUGGAUAUGCACUCAGAGUAACAUCGCAAACAUAGUCCUUGUAUGUGUACUUGUUGUUUUGUGUCAGGUUGGUCUUCACAUGGGACUCGUAUCUAGGCAUGUUGACCAUAUCUUCAAUCAUUGUUAUAUAUUUUAUAUAGCUGCACUUUUGUAUGGUUGUAAAGCUAAUAAAUAAAUAUCACAACUUAUUAAAUAUCAACCUUUUCUCUUAUGAAAUCUUGUCUGAUCAAAAUGAGUUUUAUUUUCAGAAGUUUUGAAAUGAAUAGUAAUAAUAAUACACAAACCAAAACAGCCAGUUAAUCGUUAAUCAUUCUUUGAACAACCGGAUAUGUUACUGUGUAUGUUUUGUUUUUACAGUGCAAUCCGUCAACUUCAUCAACUCGAAGAGGAAAGAAAGAAAAUCAUGCAACAAUUACAACAGAAAGAUCUGAAAAUCAACGGUACGGUUUUCCUAUUAACCGCAAUCCGCUUAUACACCCCGGAACAAUUUCAGGCUUCAUACUAUAGAUGUUUUUGAAAGAAAAACAGGUCUUGUAUGAUGAAGUGGAUAAUUUUUCUGCCUUUUGGGACAAAGUUUUAAAAUUCUGAGUGAAGAUUUUCUGUUUUCUAUACAUUCAUUCCUUCGGACUUACCUAUAAAUAACAACCGAUCCACUAAUUUUUCUAUCAUUGAUUCUUAGAAUAUUCCGAAACUCUCCGAGCACAGGCAGAAGAUUUACAAAACAAGGAGAAUGAAAUAAGCCAACUGGGGAAAUCGUUCACUCUUACCAAAGCUGAACUCGAUAAAAAAGAGCAAGCAAGAAAGGAACUGGCGCAUAAGGUUGGUGGUGGCUAUUACCUUAGCUUUGGAGGCGUUCAUUUACUCAACCAUGCAAGACGUCCUGGUCAAAUUAAACAAACUAUAGUAGGAAGAGGUUUACUGUCGAUGCAAUGGAAGUGUUGAUAAAAUAUUGCACCAAUUCCUUUCCUCAAGUUGAUCAAUUCAUUUGAUAGAAAAUUGAUCAACUUCCUGUUACUUUUAGAUGAGCCAAUUAGAUUUCGUUUCAGAACCUAUUGACCAAUAGGAAGCGCACAGGAAGUAAAAAGAAAUUUGAAUUCGUAUGAAUUGAUCAACUUGAGGAAAUGAAUUCAUGCAAUAUUUUAUCAACACUUCCAUUGCAUCGACAGUGAAAUAACCAAGGAAUUUGCAUAGGUACAGUAACUAGUAUGGUUUCCAGUGGAAUUUGGGAAAAAAUAUGCACGAGUGAGUUUUUGAAAGACUAUCAAAAUUACACGAGUCCGAAGGGCGAGUGCAAUUUGACAUCUUUGAGAAACUCACAAGUGUACAGUAUGUUUUUUCAAAUUGCACGAGAAACCAUACUAUUAUCUUAUUAAUAAUAAUAUACAUGAAAAAAUCAUGCAGUCACGUGCGCAAGUCACAUUUAGAAAUUAAGAAAAAUAAGAAAUUUGAAAAAUAAAAAAUUAAGAAAUUUGCACUGUAUUUCAUUUUUUUGGUUUCUAAAGCAGUAGCGAAGUUUGAGCCGCCAUUUUGUUUUUCUCUACUAGCAGGAUGAGCUAAUAUCCUGCUGGUAGAAAACCAUCAGAUUGCAGAAUACCUCAUAUCCAGACCUUGUGUAAAUAAUAAGACUUGAUAUUUGCUGUGUUGAUGUAGUGUACUCAGGUGAAUAUAUAAGAUGCUUGUGAUGUUACUCUGAGUGUAUAUCCACACCGGGCAGGCUUAAAAAAUUUGCCUGGCCACGGUGGAAUAUAUACCUGACCGCGUAGCUCAGUUGGCAGAGCAUUGGGCUAGUAUUCCAAAGGUCGUAGGUUCGAUUCCCACAGUGGCCAGGCCAUAUUUUUCAAGCCUGCCCGGUGUGGAUAUACACUCAGAGUAACAUCACAAGCAUGAUAGGACUUGGCGAGCUUGAAAAAUAUGCCCGGCCAUGGUGGGAAUCGAACCUACGACCUUUGGAAUACUAGCCCAAUGUUCUGCCAACUGAGCUACGUGGUCAGGUCGGUUCGAAUGAGCGAUAUUUCGAAACAGAAUCUAGUUCCUUCGAUACCAAUAUAAUCUUGUAAUAGGAUUUUUUUCUGUGCUGGUGUUGUGUACUCAGGUGAAUAUGAUAUGUUUGUGAUGUUACUCUGAGUGUAUAUCCACACCCGGCGAGCUUGAGCCCGGUGUGGAUAUACACUCAGAGUAACAUCACAAACAUAUCAUAUUCACCUGAGUACACAACACCAGCACGGAAAAAAAAAUCAUAAUAAGACUUGUUAAUAACUCUUGUACUUGUUAGCAACUCUUGUAUGUUUUUUCGUCCAGGUUGGAUCUCUGGAGUUGGUAUGCGGUCAACGUGAGAAAGUAGUGAAAGAAAGAGAACUGCAGUUGAAAGAUCUACAAGAACAUCUUGAUAAGUAUGCUCAAAUGUCCGCCAUGAUUCACAGUCUCACCGGUGGUACUGUUCCAAUAGUUAAUAACGAAGAAAAACCUGGCACGAUAAGUAAGAAAAAAUAAUUUCCAUAUUACUGUAUGCUAGCCUUACUGCGGCUAGUUCAAAGACUCAUCUACUGGAUUUGGUGGAUAAUCCAAGUCUCAGGUGCAUCUCGAAAAAUUAGGAUAUUAUCUCGCCAUUUAAACCAGUCUGCGCACGUUUGUAUUGUAUAGUAUAUAAUGUUAAGAC